GAGUUCUCAUUGGAUGCCGCUCAUCACUCGUCGCCCAUUGUGUUCAGUGUGCGAGGCCUACGAGGGAAGGGGUAGUGAACGUAUAGUAGAUGGUGGUGAUGGAACUCAUGACGAGUAGGCGUUCACCAGUGUCAGUGUGAUUGGGUCAGUCCUUGCGACAUUUGUACGCGAAGCGGACGCAACACGUGACUCGAGAUCGCGAAGGAUUCAAGCGGGAAAGAUAGAUCGUGUAAUUCAUUCUUACGCACGAGGAGCGAAGAGAGUAGCGAUGGCGCCGAUCUCGGAGCAGAGCUACAUGUAUGAUCUCUUAGUCAUUGGUGGAGGUUCUGGUGGAUUAGCAGCAGCCAAGGAAGCUGUGGAGCUGGGAGCUAAGGUAGCUGUUUUGGAUUAUGUGAGUCCUUCUCCUCGUGGUACUACUUGGGGCUUGGGUGGCACCUGCGUCAAUGUAGGAUGUAUACCAAAAAAGUUAAUGCAUCAAGCUGCAUUGCUCGGUGAAGCUAUUCAUGAAGCAGCUACAUUUGGUUGGCAAUUACCAGAUCCCAAGACUAUCAAGAUUGACUGGGAAGCCAUGAGAUCUGCUGUACAGGAUCAUGUCAUGUCUGUCAAUUGGGUCACUCGUGUUGAUCUUAGAACAAAGAAAAUUGAUUACAUCAACGCUCUUGCAUAUUUCAAGGAUGCACACACAAUAGUUGGAAUUACCAAGAAAAAAGAGGAGAAGGUCAUUACUGCUCAAAAUAUAUUGAUCGCGGUGGGUGGUAGGCCUAGGUAUCCCGAUAUUCCAGGUGCUCUGGAGUAUGGCAUAAGUAGUGACGAUAUUUUCAGUUUAAAACAUGCUCCAGGAAAGACUCUUGUCGUCGGUGCUGGAUACAUCGGUCUGGAGUGUGCUGGUUUUCUCAAUGGGUUAGGCUACGAUGCGACAAUAAUGGCCCGAUCGAUCGUGUUGCGUGGAUUCGAUCAGCAAAUGGCGAAUAUCGUCGCCGAGGAGAUGGAACAUCGUGGCGUGCACUUCAUUUAUCAGGCAAAACCGAAGAAGAUUUCCAAGCAAGACGACGGCCGUCUGCUCGUUGACUGGAUCGACAAAGACGGAGAAAUUCAUCAAGAUGUGUACGAUACCGUUCUAUUUGCUAUCGGCCGGCGGCCGCUCACGGAAGAACUCAAACCAGAAAACGCCGGUUUGAAGCUUCACUCGGAAAACAAUAAGAUCGAUGCAAUUAACGAACAGACGAAUGUUCCAAACAUUUACGCGGUCGGCGACAUACUUCACAAAAAGCCCGAACUAACGCCCGUCGCUAUACACGCGGGUAAAUUGUUGGCGAGAAGACUGUUCGGUAAUUCAUCUGAGCAGAUGGAUUACACAAAUGUGGCAACCACAGUGUUCAGUCCUCUGGAAUACGGAUGUGUCGGGCUGAGCGAGGAAGCGGCGGUCGCGCAUUAUGGAGAGGAAGAGAUAGAGAUUUAUCACGCUUAUUACAAACCAACAGAAUUUUUCAUACCACAGAAGAACGUCGCUCACUGUUACGUGAAAGUUGUCGCGCUUAGAAACGGCGAUCAAAGAGUCCUCGGAAUGCACUUUAUCGGGCCGAACGCCGGCGAAGUGAUUCAAGGAUUUUCAGCUGCGGUUAAGUGUGGCUUAACAUUCCCGAAACUGAAGUCUACCGUUGGAAUCCAUCCAACCAGCGCGGAAGAGUUUACGCGCCUGUUCAUCACCAAGCGUUCAGGUCUGGAUCCGACACCGCAGAGCUGCUGUAGUUAGACUAAUGCAUAUGGACUACGCAAUUAUUUAGGAGAUUACGCAGCUCGUAUUCUUGUAAUGAAAACCAACCGACUUUUAAUUCUUUUUGGACGAUAUAAUUUUUCACCGCUAUGUACGAGAACGUUAGUAUUACCGUACGGUACGGCGAAGGGAUCUACAAAGAGAACGAACAGCCCGCUGCAACGUCGCAUUAACAGUAACUUUUUAUAUGCAUUAUUUUUCCAACAAACAACACAUGAUUUUGUCUUGCAUUAUACAUACAAUAUGUGAUAAUUUAUUACUCAUCAGUGUGAUAAUUCGUACUGUAACAAACUGUUAAAUCCGAACGGAUACUGUAAUAAAACAUUAAGAGAAAGAGA